AUGGCUUCGACGCGUCCUUGCCGCGCGACUUGUUUCGUCCGAGAAGCGCUCUCGGUUUCGCUUCUUUACCUCGGAAAUCGGAGGCAGGAAACGUCGCAGGACCCACCAAAAGUUUCGCAGAAACUCCACCUCGGCUUCCUUCCUGAAGCACAACCGUAUCGUACUGGGCUCAAAGCAUUCAGCAUGGCGCCUGCCAAACCGAGAUCUAGCAACGCGGCGGCGGCCAAGCCUCGCAAAAGACGCCAAAGGAAGACGAGGACCAUGGCCGUCUCCUCCGGCGAGGACUCCGAUUCGUCCUCUUCCGACUCCUCCUCGUCGGACGAGUCCGAGCCGUCGCCAACACUUCAGCAGGGCCACGGGAAGAAGAGAUCUCGAAGGCAGAGAGCCGACUCGGUCUCCUCCGCUUCGUCUUCCUCGUCUUCUUCAUCUUCCUCCUCAUCGUCAUCCUCGUCAUCCUCCUCGUCCUCAUCUUCUUCCUUGUCGUCAUCCUCGUCAUCUUCCUCGUCUUCCUCGUCUUCGUCCGACAAUUCGUCCUCGAGACGCGGCGGAAAGUCUGCGGGCAAACACACUCAGUCUGCAAAGAUCAGCGACACCGCUGCCUCCUCCUCUUCGGCCAAGCGCAAGCAUGUGUUCCGUCUCAGCCCCGAACCGGACCACAGUCGGGACGAGUCGACCGCCACGAAGAAGUCGACGAGCUUUAUGCAACGGGUCGUCACUCAAGCGAAGCCGUCCUCACCUGCCCUACCUGACCACCUUCAGCGCAUCGUUGAUGCCAAGUCCGCCUCCUCCGCCACAACACGCUCUGGCAGCAGCUCCAAAAUGUCGCCUCAACACUCGCAAGCCCAGCGCGAACGUCGUCAACAGGCUUUCCGCUCUCUCUGGCUCCGAUCGGUUGCAAACGAGUUUGGCGAUGAACUCGAUGCUAUUCGUACCCGCGAACCCACCCUCGGCGCAGAUGGCGGCACCCGCCUUCCGCUCUUCAUCGAUGCCCUCGCCGCCGGUGCCGAACUCUUCUCUGCCCUCGACAACAGGCGCUCAGCGUCCGAUGACAAGCUCGAUGAAAUCGCUCUGGCUUCCAACCUGCGAUAG